AUCAGAUACCAGUUCGUUCAUGUGACUCUUAUUUUGAAGGCCGUCUCGCAGCACUGUCGGCUUACAUCCUGUUUAGCCCGGUUGCUUCACUUAGUUCGAUGACGUCUCCGUUAACUCCCGGUAUAAACACGGGUGGUCCGGUGUCCUCCGUUAAUGAGCCUCUUUCAGGCCUCCCAGCGCAGACAAACUGAACUGUCCGGUAAACGGAUGAACUAAACUGGCAGGAGCCCACCGAAAGCUGACGGUACUUUUGGCCGAUACAAACAGUUUUCACCGGAGCUACGCAGAUAACGGUCCGGACCGGAGUACUGAGCGGGCUGCCUGCUGCACUACUGCGCCGAAUUAACGGACACUCCCCCGCCUAAGGUCCGGUGUCCUGACGCGCUCUUUGUUGUGGGUCACACCGGGUAAAGAAACGCCAUGGAGUUCCGGCGGAGCCUCCCCCGGUGCUCCGACACGGUGAGGUAACCGGAGCGGGACGGGGUUUCCUCGUACACACAUCAGACAGCAGCAACCUGUUGCCGGUUGCCGGUGACGCAGAGAGGAUGACCGGGCUGCCGCCGCCGCUGCUGCCGCUGCUGCUGCUCUGCGGCCGUGCUACGUUCAUGGUCUGCAGGUCCCUGAACGCAGCGCAGGAUGCAGGGGUUCAGGAUCAGGACGGACAAAUGGACGGUACCGACAGUCUGACGGUGUCCACGGUGACAGGUGUGGACAGACAGCGGCGCCACCUGCUGGAGAAAACUCAUCCCUUCGUUCUGGUGGACGGACAGAGACGGAGCCUCGCUGAAGCGCUACAGGACGGACACCCCGACAGGCUGCAGUGUGGACUGGAGGUGGGAGGACGACUCUUCCUGCUGGACCUGGAGAAGAACCACGACCUGCUGCCCAAACCACCCAACGUCUUCUACUACCUCCCCAACGGCACUGGAGUGUCUGUGACGGCCGACCCUGUGACUCACUGUUAUUAUCACGGCAGCGUCAGAGGAUUCCCUCACUCCAGAGUGGCUCUGAGCACCUGCUCCGGACUCCGCGGCGUCAUCGCCCUGAACUCCACGCUGAGCUUCGAGCUGCAGCCGCAGGAGGACCACCACCACGAGGAGGACGGGGAGAGUGGAGGAAGUGGAGAAGGAGAUGAAGGAGUCCACCUGCUGUUUUCCACCAGUUCACUGGAAGGCGACGGCACCGGAGGCUGCGGGGUGUCGCACACUGCCAUCCCACCCAUCCACAGCCCAACGCACACACACAGGACCAAGAGAGACAUCCUGUCUGAGACCAAAUACAUCGAACUGGUGCUGGUGGCCGAUCACCAGGAGUUUUUGAAUUACCAGAAGAACAAUAAGACCAUCAUCUACCGCAUGCUGGACGUGGCCAACCAGGUGGACUGGUUCUACCGUCCUCUGAACGUCCGGGUGGCUCUGACCGGCCUGGAGAUCUGGAGUGACCGCGACAAGAUCCGGGUGGAGAAGAGUCCGAUUGACACCCUCAACAACUUCUUGCAGUGGAGAUCCAGAGACCUGCUGCCACGCCUUCGUCAUGACAAUGCCCAGCUCGUCAUGGGCGGAUCUUUUGAUGGUACCACAGUGGGAAUGGCGUCCCAGUCGUCCAUGUGCUCCAGAGACAGGUCAGGAGGCGUCAACGUGGACCACCUGGUCAGUGUUUUGGGCGUGGCCUCGACUGUUGCUCAUGAGCUCGGUCACAACCUGGGGAUGAGCCACGACACCGCCGAACGCCGCUGUGCCUGCCAGAACGAGCCGCGGCUCGGAGGAUGCAUCAUGGAGCCCUCGACUGGGUUCAUGCCGGGUCAACAGUUCAGCAGCUGCAGCGCUUCAGAUCUGUCCAUCAGCCUGCUGCACGGCGGUGGUAUGUGUCUGUUCAACGUACCGCAGCCAGAACGCCUGCUGGGAGGACCUCGCUGUGGAAACCUCUACGUGGAGAAAGGAGAGGAGUGUGACUGUGGCCUGCUGGAGGAAUGUGAGGACCCCUGUUGUAACGCCUCCACCUGUCAGCUGGUUCCUGGCGCUCAGUGCUCCUCUGAUGGUAUCUGCUGCCAGGACUGCAAGCUGCGAGCGGCAGGCUCGGUGUGCCGUGAUCCGCUCGGAGAGUGCGACCUUCCCGAGUUCUGCACAGGUUCCUCCCCCUACUGCCCACCCAACGUCUUCCUGCAGAACGGAGAGCCCUGCGAGGACGGCGCCUCCUACUGCUAUGGAGGAGUCUGCGCCAGCAUGAACACCCAGUGCCAGAUGCUGUGGGGACCCAAUGCCACCAGUGCUCCAGCUGUCUGUUUCUCGUCAGUCAACAAAAAGGGAAACAAAUAUGGAAACUGUGGUCAGCUGUCCAAUGGCUCUUAUAUCCCCUGUGCAAACGCCGACGUUCUCUGCGGCAGGAUCCAGUGUCAGGGCGGGAGAGACCGCCCCCUGCUGGGCACCAACGCUGAGAUCCUCACCACCACCGUCCGCUUGAACCUGGUCUGCAGAGGAACCUUCUUCCACCUGGGUGAUGACGUAUCUGACCCCGCCAUCGUUGCCCAAGGCACCGCCUGCAGCCCCGGCAAGGCUUGCUUAAACCAGAAGUGUCAGGACGUGUCUGUAUUCGGUGUGGACGAAUGUCGCCGGAAAUGCAACGGUCACGGGGUGUGUAACAGUAAUAAGAACUGUCACUGUGAUGUGGGCUGGGCUCCACCUGACUGCAGGUACUCUGGUCAUGGAGGCAGCGUGGACAGCGGACCGGCCCGAGCUGCUCGAGAGUCAGAUCCGGUUCGCGUCGCCCUGCUCGUCAUCUUCCUCUUCAUCCUGCCGGUGGUCCUCCUCUUCCUCGCUCUUCGCUUCCCUCGUUUCCGGCGGAGCCUCUUCUGUCUGGGACCAAACAGCCCGUUUCACAAAGCUCGACAGCACAGCCGUGUGGCUGACUGUGAGAUGUGGGGUUUGGAGUUUGACCCCGCCCACGUCUCCAGGACUCCAGUGAUGGAGCGAGCGGAUGGCAGGAAUGGAGAGCAGGUCCGACCGCUCAGAUACCACCUGAACACCCAGACUGACAUCCCACUGACCCCACCCCACAAAGAGGUUCAUGACAGACCUGCUCCUCCCACUAAGCCACUCCCCCCUGACCCCGCCCUAAAACCCCCACCGCAGUUGGUUAAACAGCGACCAGCUCCCCCCACCAAGCCUCUGCCCCCCGACCCCCCCACCACCCCCUCCAGCCAGCUGCUGGUGAGCCGGCCAGCUCCGCCCAACAAGCCCCUCCCCCCCGACCCCGUCACACCUGAACAGGUUUCCGUUCCACUCAAACCUGUGGUGCCCAGAAAGCCCCGCCCCCUGGCCCCACCUGCCCACCCCCACAUCCCGCCUCACCCCGGAUACCCAGCCAGCACCAAACCGCCACCGCAGGGCGCCGUCGCACCUGCCGGCGGCCCCAACAGACGUCCUCCUCUUCCUCCACUUCGACCCGCCUCCCGUCAGAAAGUCGAGUCGUCUCCUCCGCUUUAACCGGACGUUUGUUUGGAUGUUUGGAGGCUGCAGAGAGACGUUAUCUGAACGUUUUAUUAGCGCUGCUCCGGCGUUCCUUCACUGAAGAGACGAUGAAGAUGAUGAUGACUUAUUACUCGUUUUGCACUCAGUCGUCGGAUUUAUUCCUCGGUGAGGUCGAGCUGUACAUGAUGUAUCUCAGUGCCUUUGCUCAGCAGCACCUCGGCAGCGAUCACCUGGACGUCCGGGAUUCAAACCUGUUUGUGGCGACGUCACGGUGAAGUGUCGUGGUGCGCCAGUGCCUUGCUUAAGAACUCAUAGAGCUAAAGACUAACAAAUAGAACGGUUCCCAAUCUGUGGUCUGAUGCACUCCCUGAGGACUCUCCUCGGACAUGACAACAAAUACUUUCCUUCUUCAGAUAUGAUUUUUUUUUAGGAAAACAACAGAAUGUGGACGGUUUUCUCAAUUUACCAAACAGGACUGAAUCAUCAGGCUGUACUGUUUUUCAGAGGAAAUCAUGGACUGAAUCUUUUUCUAACAUUAAAAAGACUUACAGGUUUGAACCGACCGCAGGAGACAAAUUACGAAGCUAUCAAGUUUAGUUGUAUGUUUUCACGGAGAAACUGCUCUGGGGUUUUGACAAUACAGUGGAAAUAUUUUCAACAAGAAGUCGAGAUUUUAGAAAAUUGUUCAAGAAUAAAGUUGCACUAUUGUCAGUGCACUUCAAGGUAAAGCUCUUAAAUUAGUACCACAACAUUUAUUGCUUCAAAACCUUUAAUCUGAUAAUAAAUUUUGGACCUUUAAGGAAUUCCUUGCCAAAUUAAAGCAGCAUAAAGAACACCUGUCUGAUAUUGUCACAAACAUCUGCCUUUGACUGCAUUCUUGCAAUCUUUCAACUUUAUUCUCAAAAUAUUACAUUAUUUGCACAUAAUUUUGCAAAUUUAUUCUCAAAAUAUUCUGACUUCAACUACUAUCACAGAUUCUUGAAAUGUUAAGUCUUCCAAAUGUUAUUUAAAACAUCCCUCUUAAUACAUGUAACACUGCAAACUACACUGUAAAAAACACAAAACUGAAAAAUACAGGGGAAAAAGCUGUAACAUUAAAAACUGUAAUAACAGUGAACCUAACAGCAAAUAUCUGUAAAAUAAAGAUAUUUUAGCUGAUUUAAAUACAGUCAAACACUGCAAAAGAACAAAUUUUUGGUUUAGUUUUGACCAAUCUUUUUCUUUUACAUUACAUUACAUUUAGGGUAAUUAUGUAAAUUACUAUUUACUAAUCUGUACUACUUUGUAAAUUAUUUUUAAAAUUACUCUUUGUAACUUCUGCUUUUUUACAGUGUAAUUCUUAAGAUGUUCUGGCAUUGUUUUCAGAAUAUUACGACUUUAUCAUUGUAUCAGUGUUGCAGUCCUAUUUUUAAAUUAUGUUUAAAACAUUUUUCCACCAAAUAUUAGGAUUUUGUUCUCAAAAUAUUCAGACUUAGUAUUCAAUCUCUGUCUAGAAAGAAGAAAUGUUUUCUAACUAUUAUGACUUUACUCCCUGAAUAUCUCAAACUCUAUCUUCAACAUAUUACAACUUUGUGCUUUUGCAAAUUUAUUUUAGCAAUGUUAUGAAUUAAUCCUCAAAAUAUUCAGAUUUAAUAUUCAAACUCAUUCCAGUAAUGUUUUGACUUUGUUCCUCUAAUUUUGGGGCAUUUUUUGAAAUUUUUUUUCUUAAAUAUUAUGACUUUGUUUCAUUUUUUUUCUGUGAAAAAAUACUUCUUUUCUAGCUGUUUAUCCUCCGAAUAUUACUAAUGUUGCGUUUUUCUUAAAACAUUCCAACUUUAUACAUGUAAUAUUGCAAAUUAUUCUUGAUAGUAUACCAACUUUAUGUUGCUUUGUAGUUAUUAUAACUUUCUGCUCAAAAUUUCACUACUUUAAAAAAAAAAAAAUUGACAACCAAAUGCAAUAAUAUUCAGAUUUUAUUUUCUCAUAGAAGUGCUACUUUCUUGUGGAUCUAUUUCAACUUUAUUCUCAAAAUCUCACACUUGUUUGUUGCUGCCAGAAUCUCCGAUUGUCUUCUAACAUGUUUGACGCUGCUCAGUGUUUUCUGCCUUUUUUAAUCACAAACAAACUUUUCCCACCUUUGAACCUGCUGGAAACCUGCGAUCAGGUCCUGGGUUUCCUGAUGCUGCGAUCUUUUGCUGGACUCUGCUGGUGUGAAGCGGACUGAACGCCUUACCUGAAGGAACUCCAGUUGUUCCUGCUUGGAGAAGCUGUGCUGGAUCAGGUUUUUAUUUUUCUAACUCACCUUGAUAUUUCUAUCGGAGACAGCCGGGAAUGUACGCUGCAAGCUUGUCAGCUGUUUGUUACGCCAAAGAAAAGCUGGAUGAAAAAUGUUGUAAAGAUUUAAACGAUGCUGUAAGAUCUGUGCUGUUGUAUUGCAGCAGGCCGCUGUUUUUCUAAAAUCAUCUUAUUUUUCAAAUGUUUGGUGGAUUUAAAGAGAUGUGUUUAAACAUGA